AUGGAAACAGAAAUUUUACAGAUGUUGAAUGACACUUUAGACGAUUACAAUAUUUUACGUCGUGAUAAUUUAUUGGCUGAACUUGUUAUUAAUUUUGCAAGAGUACAUUUGCGUAUAGCAACUGAUAAGGCCUCUAAACAAGAAAAUAAUGAAAAACAACAAAAAAUUAAUUUAUUAAUGUUAACUUUUGAUUUGGAUCAACUAAAUGGACGUAUUCAACUUUCACCAAAAGAACAUAGAACUGAAAUGUCAAUAAAUAUAGGGGAUUUAAGUAUUCAACAAAUGCAACAACAACAAUUUAUAAAUAAUUUUGAGGAGAAGAAAAAGGACUCCAAUGAUUUAUCCAAAAAUAAUAAUGACGAUUCACUUUUUUGUGGUUUCCAAGAAGAUAUACUAUCAAAUUCUGAUAUUACAACAAGUUUAUUGUUUACAAUUGGAAGACGAAAUGAAAAUAAAACAACAAAAAAUAAUUUUUCUUCUCCAAUAGUUGAACUAUUCUAUAAAAGAUUGGCACCAAAAAUGGAAAUAUAUCAUGAAUUAAAUAUUUGUUGUGCUCCUCUUGCUAUGCUCGCUGAUGAUUGUUUUAUUGCUACAUUACGAGAGAUUGUUGAAAGAGUGGAGGAAAAUAAUAAGGUGGGUGAAAAAAUCAGAAUUUUAAUUGAACAUGUGUUUUUACAAAUUCUGAAAAUCAGAAUUUUAUUUAAACAUGUGUUUUUACAAAUUCUGAAAAUCAGAAUUUUAUUUAAACAUGUGUUUUUACAAAUUCUGAAAAUCAGAAUUUUAUUUAAACAUGUUUUUACAAAUUUUUAA